GGUGAAAGGCACAACUUUCCGGAGAACCUUAAUCCCUGAACCAUCCUGUCUAAAUUCUGUGCUGAAAGUGUAGAGAACACUUUGUCUCCUUCACAGUAACAGGCAGUACACAAAGAUGGCAGACACAGAGGAAAUAGUGGAGGAAGUAGAGGAAGAAGUUGAGGAAGCUCCUGAUGAAGAAGUUGAGGAAACCCCUGCUGAAGAAGGUGAGGAAGCACCUGCUGAAGAAGAAGAGGCACCAAAAGAAGCUGAAGCUGAAGAAGAUGAAGCAAAACCAAAACCAAAGUUUUUUGUUCCUAACAUCAUACCACCAAAAAUCCCUGAUGGAGACAAAGUGGACUUUGAUGAUAUCCACAGGAAGCGUAUGGAGAAGGACCUGAUGGAACUGCAGACUCUUAUUGAAUCACACUUCAUACAGAGGAAAAAGGAAGAGGAGGAGCUCAUUGCUCUAGUCAACAGAAUUGAAAAACGCCGAACUGAACGGGCAGAGCAGCAGAGGAUCCGUACGGAGAAAGAGAAGGAGAGGCAGGCCAAGCUAGCGGAAGAGAAAGCUAGAAAAGAGGAAGAGGAACAUCGUAAAAAGCAUGUGGAUGAUGCUAAAAAGAAAAAAGCUCUGUCGAAUAUGUCCUUCCAGUAUGGAAGCUACCUUCAGAAGACUGAGAGCCGAAGAGGUGCUAAGAAGCAAACUGAAAGAGAAAAGAAGAAGAAGAUUCUGGCUGAAAGACGCAAAGCACUUAAUAUUGAUCAUCUGAAUGAAGACAAACUGAAGUAUGUUGUUAGUCUUAAACGCUAA